UGCAAGAUAAAACCUCUGAACUUCAGCUGCAGCGGAGUCACCGAGCAGAACAGAGCCGGGACCUGGCGAAGGUAAGAAUGCAGGAGGAAUCGACCAGAUCAGAUGACCCAGACGCCACGAAUACAGCCGGGAAUCUCCGGUCUUCUUGUCCGCCAUGCAAUGAGCAGCUUCUCAAGCCAAAGCCUCCAAAAAGUCAUCCAAACCUAGAGCCAGGAGAAGUACUAAAUGAAGACGGAAAUGCCGCGGAAGCGGCUCCUCCAGUGAAAGAGUCUCAGCACUUGGACUUCUCAGAAUACCUUCGAUUUGACGAGCAUGGGAUGAUUCUUCCUCACAGCAUCCUUGGCAGCUUAGAUGAUUUUCGAACAUAUUUGGAGGCCAGGGGGGAGAAAAAUCUGUUAAAGCACUUUCCGAAGCCUUUGAGAGAUCCCGCAUCUGAAGCCAACAUGGAGCCUCGCACAGACAGCAGGGAUGGAGAGAUUUCACACCAGAGCAAUGCGCUUCAGAACUGGGAUAAACACAUGACAUAUCGCAGACGGAAGCAGAAAGAAUUGUCUGACUCACUCAACUGGCCUGUGGAAAACCUGCUGAUGAAUCAGGACAAGCAUUUCAGAGAGACUAGGGAGCAGAAGGAAAUUCUAAAUCAAGUCAUGCCGCUCGCCUACGCUGGAUACGGUUAUACUGUGGGCGGCGAGUUUUGGAGCCUCCCACAGCAUCUCGGCGAUGAAUUGACCGGUAUCGCAACCACGCUGACUCAGACCGAGCGAGGCCUAAAGAAACCCAUCACACAUGUGGGACACCCAGGCACCAUACACAGGGAAAUGGGAAUCGUUUCUGCUGAGAUUGAGCGUCCAGCUACUCGACCUUGGGCUCAGAGUGCUUACCUAAAACACAGGACACAGGAACUUGAACACAUUGUGCAGGACGUGGACAUAAAAAAUCUAGUUAUGAGUAAACUGGAGGUGAUAGGUACCGGAAAGCCGCACACUUCCUUGUCGGAGCGCCAGGAUCUCCAGAAUGAGGAAGACGAGAAGAAGCAAAACAUUAUGGAGGAAGAGAAAUUUGACAAAGACUCACUGGAGGAAACUGAUGAGGAUCAAGUCCAGGCUUUGCCCUAUCCUGCUUUGAGGAUUAACGGUCAGCUUGCUGAAUGGACUGGACACCCAACGUCUGAUAAGGGAGAAGUUGGAAUCAGUACCUCCGUGUUGUUCAAAACCCAGACCGGGCAAAUUGUCUCAACCGACAUGGAGCUGCGCAACGAAGGCAACACCGUCAUCUUUUACAGCUGGAAGAAGCUUCCAAAACAACUAAGUCUGUCUCACCUGUACCAGCAAAAGGACCGUGUGCGCUACUACUUCAGAUCCUCCUCUGGUGUGAUUCAUCCCAGAGAAACCCAGCAGGUGGAGUUCAUAUUUAAGUCAGAGGAGCAAGGUCUCUGGACUGAAAUUUGGCAACUCAACACCAACCCUGUGUUGUUGCAAGGAGCCUCGAUUCAGAUCAGGCUGAGUGGGGUGGCCAUCAAACUGGACAAAACUGCAGAUCAGAGGAGCUUCUUAAAUAACAAGCUGGAAAAGGUUGUUGCGGAAAAGUACUAUCGAUCGAUUUUGAACGGACAAGUCGGGGACAUCUACGUCCCUGAAAAGCCCAGGUCACCUGCAGAGCUUUACCUCACUGAAGAACAGCUGUUCCAGAACAAAAACCCCAGGUUGCAGUACCAUUACCAGCCAAUAGAGACCCUAAAGACACUGUGGCAACAGGUGAAACCGGAGGGCAGCUGGGAUCUCUCUUUUAACACUCUUCGACAGGCUGUAUUGGCUCUGCCUGUUGAGGAUCCUGUCAAAGAAGAGAGCUUUUCCCAGCUCAAUUCUUUGUAUCUGCAACUUUGUGAUCCUCCCACUAGAAAACACCACCUUCUAACACCGGCCGAUAUAGGGCAGCAACUGUGGAUAAACCUUCUGGACUUAAUGGGAACUGAAGCCUUCAGGAUCAGAGAUGUGAUGGGGCUUCCAGAGAAAGAUUUGUGGUCUGAUGUGAGUACUCCGUCGCCCACCGAUGACAAGAGAGAGUCAUCGGGUGUAAUAGAGAAGUGUGGCAUGAGAGUAAAACUGAAAGACAUCGGCAGAUCAGAAUCCAAAGAGUAUGACAGCAGUGUUGAGGCCACUGGAAUGAAGAGUAAGAGAAUGGAUCAUGCAGGCAAGCGUUUCAAAGACAGACAGUGGAAGGAGUCUGAGUCACUGGGUGACGUUAGUUCAUUUUUCGACCUCGAAGCCAUAGACGAAGAGACCCUCUUGAUCUACAGAGCAGCUUUGCACGAAAAGGUUUAUGGUUGGAUGGAAGAACUUGUGUGCAAUCUGUGUGACCUGAUGGACGACAUUCAGGAGGGUGACGGACAGACCCCAAAGUGCUGCGCCUGAAAGGCAGGCUGGAUGAGAAGAAAAAAGGCCCAAACAAUCAGAUAUCACUUUUGUUGACGAAUCAAUAAAGUUUGUUUUA